UUGUUUUCCCGGCAACAACAAAAACAACAAGUACCAAACCAAACACAACUCAAAAACCCUAAUUUUCCCAUUCACUGAAUUCGAGGUUUUCUUUUCCCUCAAUCUCACUCCAAUCCAAUCUUUCUCAUCCACCACCAUUAUUCUUCAAAUCGAUUCAUCCUAUUUCAAAUUUCAAUUUUUUGUUUCAGUGUAUCGCCAAUACUAGUUUGAAGCUUACUCCUUCGACUUCAAUGGCGGAGGAUCGGAAAGAUGCGAGUGAUUACAGUUCAGAAGAUGAAGGAACUGAGGAUUACAAACGAGGUGGAUAUCAUGCGGUUCAGAUUGGUGACACUUUCAAAAAUGGGUGCUAUGUUGUUCAGAGUAAGCUUGGUUGGGGUCAUUUUUCCACUGUUUGGCUCGCCUGGGAUACUCUCAAAUUGCGAUAUGUUGCCUUAAAAAUUCAAAAGAGUGCUCAGCACUACACGGAAGCGGCAAUGGAUGAAAUAAAGAUUCUCAAACAAAUUGCUGAAGGGGAUCUAGAGGAUAAGAAAUGUGUUGUGAAGCUUUUGGACCACUUUAAGCAUUCAGGGCCUAAUGGUCAGCAUGUUUGUAUGGUUUUUGAAUUCCUUGGGGAUAAUCUUCUUACACUAAUCAAGUAUAGUGAUUAUCGUGGUAUUCCCCUUCCCAUGGUCAAAGAAAUUUGCUACCAUGUUUUGGUGGGUUUAGAUUAUUUGCAUCGUGAGCUUUCUAUAAUACACACUGAUUUGAAGCCAGAAAAUGUUUUGCUUGUCUCUCCAAUAGAUCCAUCUAAAGAUCCUAGAAAAUCAGGAGUCCCACUUAUACUUCCAACCACUAAAGUCAAGACUGUGUCCAAGAACGGGACCACAAAACCUGACAAAAGUUUGAAUGGAGAUUUAACCAAGAACCAGAAAAAGAAAAUGCGGAAAAAGGCUAAAAAAGCAGCUCAGAAGGAAAGUCCCGAGGUAGCAGAGGAGGAUUCUGAAGCACCUGAACAAGAUGAUUGUAGUAAUGAUGUGAAACCAAAUGUAGAAAAUGGUGAAGGUAAACCUAAUAGUCCCACAAGUAAAGAUGAAUCAGCAAAGACUUCUGAAACUAAGGAUGUUCCACAAGGAAGUCAGGUUUCUAGGAGAGGUAGUUGCUCUACGAGAAAGAAGUUGCUCGCAGCUGUUGAUCUAAAGUGCAAGCUUGUGGAUUUCGGAAAUGCUUGUUGGACGUAUAAACAAUUUACAAAUGAUAUCCAGACUAGGCAGUAUAGAUGUCCUGAGGUUCUUCUAGGUUCUAAAUACUCGACUCCGGCAGAUAUGUGGUCCUUUGCUUGCAUAUGCUUUGAGCUUGCCACUGGCGAUGUUCUUUUUGAUCCUCACAGUGGUGAUAACUAUGACAGGGAUGAGGAUCAUCUGGCAUUGAUGAUGGAGCUUCUUGGGAUAAUGCCUCGCAAGAUUGCUCUUGGUGGCCGCUAUUCCCGGGACUUUUUCAAUAGAUCUGGUGAUUUGAGACACAUUCGCCGGUUGCGGUUCUGGCCUAUUACUAAGGUUUUGACGGAGAAGUAUGAUUUCAGUGCGCAAGAUGCAAGUGACAUGUCUGACUUCCUUGUUCCGUUACUUGACUUUGUUCCUGAAAAGAGACCAACGGCCGCUCAGUGUCUUACUCAUCCAUGGAUGAGUGCAGGUCCUCGGACUCUUGAGCCCUCAGUGAAUAGCAUCCAUGCUGAUGCCAUUAAUGCAGAAAAGCCUGGAAAGUUAAGGGAAAAGGACGAGCAGGAGGCUGUGGAAGUUAGUAUGGGGAAUAUGACCAUUGAUGGAACUCCAAAGACACUCAAAGAUUUCCAAUCUACAAAACCAUCGGAGUAGCCGCGAAUUGGCUUGUGUAUGCAACCUGUUACUUUUAUAUGGUAAGUUUUGGUGGUCCUUGGAGCAUGAUGUUCAAUGUAACUGUUAUAUUAUAAGCAUUAUGUGCAAAUGGGUCAUACUUAAGAGGUUAUGGUUUGAGAAACCCUUCAUAAGGGCAAGAGAAGCUGGAUGGAAGCCUAUUACAAUGGAAUUAUACCACUUCUUUCACCUCUUGUAAAAGUGUGUAGAAGGUAGCUUCCUUCACACACUCAAUAGAGUGCACUAGGUCAUGAAUCAUAAUCACGAGGAUAUUUUAUUGUUUUUUUUUAGAGUUUGUUUAAUAUUUAUCCCUAGAUUAGAUGCUCAUCAUCCAUAAUGUUAUAUUUUAGGAGUUUGAACUUUGACUGUA